AUUGCCGGUAAACUGUCAUAAUUUUCGUCUCUGAAAUUUUGUUGUUGCAGAUGAUUUAAUUAUCAUUAAACAAAGCAAAGAGAAGAAAUAUUUGAUUGUUUUUGCUGGUUGAUAGUUUUAAUGGAGGAUGAACUUGUUCCCCGAUUGCCUGUUGAUCAGGAGAAUAUUGAUUUCCAAAGCUGGCGUAUAAGCUAUUUCAAAUCUCACAUAUUAAAAAGUAUUUGUAAAAAGGGUCAAGAUGAAUAUUGUAAAGUUGGAGAAGAUGAAUUUUGCGAACUAUGCACUUAUCGACAUACUCUGGAUUUGCCGCAUCUGCCGGACAUGGUAUUUCAUAAAAAUAAAUUAUCAUUAUCGCAUGUUGGAGGUGCAAUAUUAGAGUUUUUGCCAAUGGAUGCUUUACGACUUGUGGAAAACGGAAAGCAAUCGUUGCAGGUUGCAUGUGCUCAGGAAUGGAAAGGUAGCAGGCCUGAAAGUCUUAUGGAGGAAAAAUUUAAGCCAUUUGAUUGGACAUUUACUACUGACUAUCAGGGAACAGCAAAUGAUAAGUUUCGCAUUGAAAAAUCUGAUCAACAAUUAAAUAAAUUUAAAUUGAUGCAGAGAGAAAAGAUUUUGUUUUAUCAUGAUUUAACAUUAUUUGAAGAUGAACUCCACGACAAUGGCAUCUCAUCUUGUUCAGUCAAAAUAAGAGUUAUGCCAUCUGGAUUUUUCAUUUUGCUGAGGCAUUUUCUUCGUGUUGACAAUGUUCUUCUUAAAAUACAUGAUACAAGGUUUCAUUAUGAAAUUGAAAAUAAUUACAUUUUUAAAGAAUUUACUAAACGUGCUGCUACAUAUGAAGAAUUAAAAAAUGUACCACCUCCAUAUUUCACAAUACCAAAUGAAAUAGAGCAACACAUGCCGAUAAAAGAAAAGCAGGCUUAUAAGUUAUAUUUCAAAUAGAUUGUUCAUACGGUUGUGUUCACAAUAAAUUAAAACUCCAAUUAGUUAAAA